UGAAAUCCAAUCCUUCACAUUCUAAUGUUGUCCAUGAUGGUUCCCCUCCCUGGCAGAUAUUUAGUUCUGGCUAAUAUGCUGAUGGAAUCUGAGGUCAACCCAUUUGACGGUCAAGAGGCUAAGCCUUAUAAAAAUGACCCUGAGGUAUUGGCCAUGACAAACCUAAUAGCGGCAUAUCAACGGAAUGAGAUAUUGGAGUUUGAGAAAAUUCUGAAGAGUAAUAGAAGGACGAUAAUGGAUGAUCCAUUUAUCCGAAAUUAUAUUGAAGAUCUUUUGAAGAAUGUGAGAACACAAGUGUUGCUUAAGCUUAUUAAGCCUUAUACAAGAAUUCGGAUCCCCUUUAUAUCAAAGGAACUUAAUGUGCCAGAAAAAGAUGUCGAGGAGCUGUUAGUGUCCCUAAUCUUGGACAAUCGUAUUCAUGGGCACAUUGACCAAGUGAAUCGGCUCUUGGAACGUGGUGACAGGUCAAAGGGAAUGAAGAAGUACAAUGCAAUAGAGAAAUGGAACACACAGCUUAGGUCCCUGUAUCAAACGGUUGGAAACCGAGUGUCUUGAGAUUGCUGUCAUAUGGAUAUAGGGUGAACGAAAUGAACCUGUGUGGGAGCUCGAAUUCUGUUGUUGUUUACAAAUCAAGCAUUUCAUCUUGUUUAAUCAUUGUUAGAUGUCUGCAAGGGUUUUUAACUGCUGCUUUUGGAAGGAAGGUGUAAAGAUUUAGGACAUCACGAGUUUUUUCAACUUCUUUGAUGCGAACCAAAUGGAGGCAUUUGAUUCUUAUUGGUUCGAAUUCUUUUGGUUCGUAGAAGCAAUAUUAUCUCUUUUAUUUGCUGUAUAUUGCAGUUAUGUUGCUUCUGCUUUCUGCCGUUCUGGGUUUGAAAAACCCGAUUAUAAUUGAAAACAUGCAGCUGAAUAACACAAACAAUCUGUUCUCUCACUCAGAUGUUGGAAGUAUGCAAAACUUAUUAUUGCAUUCUUGAAUCA